GACAUACUGUACUUUUUUUUCCCAGACAAUAAAUUCGUAAUGUCUGUCUGAACUUGGUGUGUUCAUGAUAUGGGCUUUAAAUGAAUCCAAAUGGGCCGAGUAUUUGUUUUGGGCUUAUUAGAUCCAUUAGGGUACUUUAGUCAUUUACAGCAUCACUAUAAAUUCAGCAAUGAAUUAGGGUUUUUGUUGCAGUGGCCGUAUUAGUAUCGUGGAAAGCAAAGCUUAGCCGAUCAGAUCUCUCCUCUUAUCUUCCUUACACAGAAAUGGCCAAGUCGAAGAAUCACACCGCGCAUAACCAGUCGGCCAAGGCCCACAAGAACGGAAUCAAGAAGCCGAGGAGGCACCGUCACACCCCCACCAGAGGGAUGGACCCAAAGUUCUUGAGGAACCAGAGGUACGCAAGGAAGCACAACGUCAAGAGCGGCGAGAAUGCCACCACUGAAGACUAAGCUUUUGUAUUCUCACUCUGAGAGACCUCUUUUAGUAGACAAAGGGAACCAGUUUACUUCUUAUCUUUUCGUUUGAUUUAUGUUUCCGCAAAUGGUUUGUGUACUCUUUCAAUCCAGGCUUUUAAUUUAAUAUCAGAGAUUUUAAUUA